ACGUCGAUACAAGAGACUGAUAUAAUGGGCGCAUUAAUGCAUCUAGGGUUCUCUGGAAAGUGCAAUCGCAAAGCUGUUGAGUGGAAAUAAUGACCCACAAAGAUCGCCGAUCGACAGGAUACAACUGAAGGAUAAAGAACGUGAUAUCAAAUUCGGCAGCUAUAUUGGAUGAGCGGGGAAAAGGAGGUCCGAUCGCUGCUGUGAGUUGAAGUAUUAUCGGUUUGUCAAGAUGACGUAUGUUCCCGACAACGAGACAACUGAUAUUUCGGUGACCCUUACGUCGCCAUUCCCGCGAGAGCAGGCAGAUUGGUACUUCAAAGAGCCCCCCUGGUUGCAGGUUCUCAUGAUCGUGACCUAUGCAACGGUUAGCAUCCUGGGAGUUGGAGGAAAUGCUGUCGUCUGCUACAUCGUACUCGGACAUGCGCGCAUGCGCACAGUGACGAACUACUUCAUUGUCAACUUAGCACUGGCGGAUAUCCUCAUGGCAGUCAUGUGCGUGAAUCUGACUCUCUACGCCACGCUCUACAUGAGAUGGCCGUUCGGCGUUGUCAUGUGUAAAAUUACAUAUUUUGUACAGAGUCUGUCGGUGUCCGUGAGCAUUUUUACUUUGAUUGCGAUCAGCCUGGAUCGAUACGUCGCCAUCAUGUACCCUUUACGCCCCCGCAUGACGGCGAAACAGACGAUAUUGAUCGCGAUAUGCAUUUGGAUAUUUGCGGGCGCGUACGCCAUGCCGAUGCUGAUCUACGCGCAUGUGGCUUCGGACGAAUCCGCUUCAUUUUGUACGGACUCUGAUUGGCGGUUUACCAAGCAUUAUUCGUGGGUGGGCCUCAUUCUUCAGUAUAUAUUACCGUUGAGUGUUUUAGCGAUCGUGUAUAUUCGCCUUGCAAGGAAGAUUUGGGGGCGGAGAACACCCGGCGAAGUCCAGGCCAACAGAGACAAGAAGCUGAGUGAAUCUAAAACUAAGCUGGUUAAGAUGUUUGCGACUGUGGUUCUCAUCUUCGCCCUCUGUUAUCUCCCGAUCCACACCCUGAAUCUCAUUCAAGAUAUCCAUUAUUCAAUUCUCUAUUUUCCUUACAUCAAACUAAUCUAUCUUGCUGGACAUCUCAUAUCCAUGUCAAACUGCUUCGUCAACCCCUUCAUUUACUGUUGGAUGAAUAGGAAAUUUCGGAACGGGUUUAAGGCGGCUUUUCGCUGCCUCCCCUGUGUGACCUAUGACCCCGAGUGGCUUGCGAGCAAAGGUCAGGAGCGAAGGGGAACAUCGCACACGCAGCUAGAAUCGAUGUCCAUGAGUUCAAGGAGUGAUCGCAAAUGUCCACCAGAUACGUACCAACGGAACGGCUCGACGAGGAACCAUAGAAGGCUUUCCGAUUUGAUUGCCGCUGCCGAGAGGUCGCAAAAUCAUUCGAACAUUUAAGAUCAAUAUAAUGUAACAUUCGAUUUAUUGGAAUUGAUGACUUGGUAUAUUGCCGUGUAGCCUGUUGCUAAUUACUACAUAUAUUUUAUACACAAAUGCAUUCUAUCGCCGAGUGAACUUUCAUAGUAUAAAUUUGACUGACGCCUCUCUGCGAUAUUUGGGAUAUACAUUUAAAAACAAAUGUUUUUAUUUAUUGAUGAGGAACAUGGAAUUCAUUUGGUGAAUCUAUUAGAAAUGUAUCAGAGACCUGUAUUGGUUGAGGAACAUAUAACACUCGAUAAAGUACCUGUUGUAAUGUUCCAUCUCAUCUGAGUUGUGUGUUCUCGUGUUAUAUUUCUGGUGUAUUUCUUAAAGUGCAAAGUAAUAGAUCUCAGCAUUCAAAGAAAUCAUUUGAUAUUUAGAAACUGUGCAUUUCUCGCAAAAGAAAUAACAAUUAACAAAUAUUAUAGUAUAAGAAUUAGACAUGUAAGAUCAUUUCGAUUCGAUGCUUUCCUAAUCAAUCUGAAACACUUGUUAUACAUUAAGAAUUAAGAGACAAUUAAAGUUCCUGUAUGUCGACAUGACUUGUUUUGUACUAGUAUUUUACAGCAACGAAAGGUAUUUACCGACGCUGCAGCUAAGCAAGUCUGAAUAUGUUAUUUAGUGAAAAGGGUGUUGUCAGAGAGUUUUUAUUGGAAAGAUAUUCCGAAAUUUCAAAUUCAUUUCAAUAUGAUAACCAGGGAAGGUUUCCAACUAAAGCAAUUCAUAGUUGCAUGCCUGUCAUUGUCUAUUCAAUGUUUUUAAAACAAAUAAUCAAUGGUAUAUUAUAUCAAAAGGUGAAAUAAUUGAAAUAUUAUUGCUUGUAGAAUAAACUGAGUUAUAAGAUAAACCCUGUUAUUAUAAUUGUCGUGGGCAGUUUGAUACCACAUCAUUAGAGCAUUUUUUUGUAAACCUACAAUUAAUAAGAUGUAGGGCUGCAAUGUAUAUGCAAAUUAGUUUGAGAUAAUUUAAAUAUUCAUGGUGGUAUUUUGUAAUGUGAUUACUGUAUCAAUAACCAAUUAGCAUUUUUAACAUUCAACCAAAAUGUCUUAAAGGGUUUUUUUUAAUCGUUUUCUCCAUCCUCACAUGUUUGUAAUACAAGAGUAUUUUUUAAGGGAACAAACUAAUCAUGUUAAGCAAGUUUCCUCCAAACCGUUGUGUUGGAUUUUGGCAUAAUGUUAAAAAUAAAAGGAUGCCUGUGGACUUACAUGGUGACUGACCUGAUGACAGUACACGAACCAUAUAACUACGGACCACUAUGACUGGAUGCGCAGGCCAUAUUUAUGUACAACUAUACAACUAUACAACCAUCGAACGGAUAUAUAGUUUAAACCAAUCAGAACGCGGGAAGCUAUAAAUGCGUUGACGAGUGCUUCCAUGUAUGUAUAGUGGUAUAGUUGCACAGUUGAAUGGUUGUAUGUUUGUGUAGAUUCCUGCGUUCUGAUUGGAUAAAACUCCUGGAUAAAACGUUCUAAAGUUGUGCAUAAUUAUGGCCUGUUAGGCUCGUCAUGUAGACUAUACAAAUACGUACCCGACUGACGUGGAAAUGGGACGGUAAACGACUGCUUUGUUACCAUGACUUAGAAUGUACAGUACUGAAUAAUGACGACCGCUUUAAUACCGAAAGCUAUUGGUUAUUAAAAUAGACUUAAAAUGCUCUCUCCUUCUCAUUCCUUAUGUUACGGCGGACCAACUCAGCCAUGGGUAACACACGGAUUAAAUUAUCCAUGUUAUUCAGAGGGAAGUUUCGAUUUAAUAACAUAAUACUAACGAAUUCGAAACAAGAACAAUGACUUAUUAAAAAGGGAACAAAUAACUAAUAACAAUCGAGUAAAACAGUCAUUGUUUUGUUGUAUAGCAAACGCAAAGACAUAUU